AUGAAAUCACUUUUGAUCUUGGGAUAUUCUGGAUUUGCGUCGGAGAGAAAUGUCAAUUGCGGAGAGCAAUAUGGAUCACAUGAAGAAUGGAUGUGGAUACUUCUUUUGAAUGAAUAUUUCGGUUUAGAAAUUGGUGGAUAUGUGUACCAAGAUAAAUUAGAUGUAGAGGCAGAUGAUAAGGAGAAUUCACUACUUGAUAAUGGUUCAUAA